CGUGGGGCUGAGGCGGCGCCGGCGGAGCCCAGAGCCCGUGACAGGCUGCGCAACAGGUUCGCCGGCGGCCUGAGACCCACCGGGCGGUGGCCAAGCAGGACCUCCCGGCGCCCUCCCGCCGCGCUGCGGGGCUGAGGAGCGCGGGGUCGCGCCGUGACGUGCGGAAGGCGCGGAGAGCCGCCAGAUGGCUGAGAGCUAGCAAGGAAAAUUCAGGACCAUGAUGGCUCAGUUUCCCACAGCUAUGAAUGGAGGGCCAAACAUGUGGGCUAUUACCUCUGAAGAACGCAGUAAGCAUGACAAACAAUUUGAUAACCUCAAGCCUUCAGGAGGUUACAUAACAGGUGAUCAAGCACGUACUUUUUUCUUACAAUCGGGUCUGCCGGCUCCUGUUUUAGCUGAAAUAUGGGCCUUAUCAGACCUAAAUAAGGAUGGGAAGAUGAAUCAGCAGGAGUUCUCCAUAGCUAUGAAACUCAUCAAACUAAAGCUUCAAGGCCAGCAGUUGCCUGUGGUUCUCCCUCCCAUUAUGAAACAGCCGCCUGUGUUCUCUCCAUUACUUGCUGCUCGUUUUGGGAUGGGAAGCAUGCCCAAUCUGUCCAUUCCGCAGCCAUUGCCUCCUGUUGCACCUGUAACAGCACCCUUGUCCUCUGCAACUUCAGGGACCAGUCUUCCUCCCUUAAUAAUGCCUGCUCCCCUAGUGCCUUCUGUUAGUACAUCGUCAUUACCAAAUGGAACCGCCAGUCUCAUUCAGCCUUUGUCCAUUCCUUACUCUUCUUCAACAUUGCCUCAUACAUCAUCUUACAGUCUGAUGAUGGGAGGAUUUGGUGGUGCUAGUAUACAGAAGGCCCAAUCUUUGAUUGAUUUAGGAUCUAGUAGCUCAACUUCCUCAACUGCUUCACUCUCAGGGAACUCGCCCAAGACUGGCACCUCAGAGUGGGCAGUUCCUCAGCCUUCAAGAUUAAAAUAUCGGCAAAAAUUUAAUAGUCUUGACAAAAGUAUGAGUGGAUACCUCUCAGGUUUUCAAGCCAGAAAUGCCCUUCUUCAGUCAAAUCUUUCUCAAACUCAGCUAGCUACUAUUUGGACUCUGGCUGACAUCGAUGGGGACGGACAGCUAAAGGCUGAAGAGUUUAUCCUUGCAAUGCACCUCACUGACAUGGCCAAAGCUGGGCAGCCGCUGCCACUGACUCUGCCUCCUGAGCUUGUCCCGCCCUCUUUCAGAGGAGGAAAGCAAACUGAUUCAAUCAAUGGAACUCAGCCUUCAUAUCAGAAGACGCAAGAAGAGGAACCUCAGAAGAAAUUACCAGUUACCUUUGAGGACAAGCGGAAAGCCAACUAUGAGCGCGGGAACGUGGAACUGGAGAAGCGGCGCCAAGCCUUGAUGGAGCAGCAACAGCGGGAGGCAGAGCGGAAAGCCCAGAAAGAGAAGGAAGAGUGGGAGCGAAAACAGAGAGAAUUACAGGAGCAAGAAUGGAAGAAGCAACUUGAAUUAGAAAAGCGCUUGGAGAAACAGAGGGAAUUGGAGAGACACCGGGAGGAAGAAAGAAGAAAAGAGAUAGAAAGACGAGAGGCAGCAAAACAGGAACUAGAGCGACAGCGUCGUUUCGAAUGGGAGCGAAUCCGUCGACAGGAGCUUCUCAGUCAGAAGGACAGAGAACAGGAGGAAGUUGUCAGAUCAAACUCUAAAAAGAAGAGUCUUCACCUUGAGCUGGAAGCACUGAAUAGCAAACAUCAGCAAAUCUCAGGCAGACUACAAGAUGUACGACUCAGAAAGCAAACACAAAAGACCGAGCUGGAAGUUCUAGAUAAGCAGUGUGACCUGGAAAUUAUGGAAAUCAAGCAACUUCAGCAAGAACUUCAGGAAUAUCAAAAUAAGCUUAUUUAUUUGGUACCUGAGAAGCAAUUAUUGAAUGAAAGAAUUAAAAACAUGCAGUUGAAUAACACACCUGAUUCAGGGAUCAGUUUACUUCAUAAGAAAUCAGUAGAAAAGGAAGAAUUAUGCCAAAGACUUAAAGAACAAUUAGAUGCUCUUGAAAAAGAAACUGCAUCUAAGCUCUCAGAAAUGGAUUCAUUUAACAAUCAGCUGAAGUGUGGGAAUUUGGAUGACUCUGUUCUGCAGUGCCUUUUGUCUCUGCUAAGCUGUCUCAACAACCUCUUCCUCUUACUUAAGGAACUGAGAGAAAGCUACAAUACACAGCAGCUAGCCCUUGAGCAGCUUCAUAAGAUCAAACAUGACAAGUUGAAGGAAAUUGAAAGAAAGAGAGUAGAGCUAAUACAGAAAAAGAAGCUAGAAGAUGAGGCUGCAAGGAAAGCGAAGCAAGGGAAAGAAAACUUAUGGAGAGAAAGUCUUAGAAAGGAGGAAGAAGAGAAACAGAAGCGACUUCAGGAAGAAAAAACGCAAGAAAAAAUUCAAGAAGAGGAUCGAAAAGCUGAAGAGAAACAAAGUGAGACAGCUACUGCUUUGGUGAAUUAUAGAGCAUUAUACCCCUUUGAAGCAAGGAACCAUGAUGAGAUGAGUUUCAGUUCCGGGGAUAUAAUUCAGGUUGAUGAAAAAACCGUAGGAGAGCCUGGUUGGCUUUAUGGCAGUUUUCAAGGAAACUUUGGCUGGUUUCCAGGCAACUAUGUAGAAAAAAUGCCAUGGAGUGAAAAAGCUAUGUCUCCUAAGAAGGCCUUACUUCCUCCCACAGUAUCUUUAUCUGCUACCUCACCUUCCUCUGAACCACUUUCUUCAAGUCAACCAGCAUCAGUGACUGAUUAUCAAAAUGUAUCUUUUUCAAACCUAACUGUUAAUGCAUCAUGGCAGAAAAAAUCAGCUUUUACUCGCACUGUGUCCCCUGGGUCCAUAUCACCUAUCCAUGGACAGGGGCAGGUUGUAGAAAACCUGAAAGCACAGGCCCUUUGCUCAUGGACUGCAAAGAAAGAUAACCACCUGAACUUCUCCAAGCAUGACAUCAUUACCGUCUUAGAGCAGCAAGAGAAUUGGUGGUUUGGGGAGGUACACGGAAGAAGAGGAUGGUUUCCAAAAUCUUACGUCAAGAUCAUUCCUGGGAGUGAAGUGAAGCGCGAAGAGCCAGAAGCUUUGUAUGCACCUAUAAAUAAGAAACCUACCUCCGCAGCCUGUCCAGUUGGAGAAGAAUAUAUUGCACUUUAUCCAUAUUCAAGUGUAGAACCAGGAGAUUUGACUUUCACUGAAGGCGAAGAAAUAUUGGUGACACAGAAAGAUGGAGAAUGGUGGACAGGAAGUAUUGGAGAUAGAACUGGAAUUUUUCCAUCAAACUAUGUCAAACCAAAAGAUCAAGAGAAUUUGGGGAGCACUAGCAAAUCUGGAACAUCAAACAAAAAACCUGAAAUUGCUCAAGUAACUUCAGCAUAUGUUGCUUCUGGUGCUGAGCAACUUAGCCUUGCACCAGGACAGUUAAUAUUAAUUCUAAAGAAGAAUACAAGUGGGUGGUGGCAAGGAGAAUUACAGGCCAGAGGAAGGAAACGACAGAAAGGAUGGUUUCCUGCCAGCCACGUUAAACUUUUGGGUCCAAGUAGUGAAAGAACCACACCUGCCUUUCAUGCUGUGUGUCAGGUGAUCGCCAUGUAUGACUAUGUAGCAAAUAAUGAAGAUGAGCUCAAUUUCUCCAAAGGACAACUUAUUAAUGUUAUGAACAAAGAUGACCCUGACUGGUGGCAAGGAGAAAUCAAUGGGGUGACAGGUCUUUUUCCUUCAAACUAUGUGAAGAUGACAACAGACUCAGAUCCAAGUCAGCAGUGGUGCGCCGAUCUCCAAGCCCUGGACACAAUGCAGCCGGCUGAGAGGAAGAGACAGGGCUACAUCCAUGAGCUGAUUCAGACGGAAGAGCGGUACAUGGACGACCUGCAGCUGGUCAUCGAGGUUUUUCAGAAGCGGAUGGCGGAGUCAGGCUUUCUCACAGAAGGAGAAAUGGCCUUGAUCUUUGUUAACUGGAAAGAGCUCAUCAUGUCCAACACAAAGCUGCUGAAGGCCUUGCGGGUCCGGAAGAAGACCGGGGGUGAGAAGAUGCCCGUGCAGAUGAUCGGGGACAUCCUUGCAGCCGAGCUGUUCCACAUGCAGGCUUACAUCAGGUUCUGCAGCUGUCAGCUGAACGGAGCAGCUCUGUUACAGCAGAAGACAGAUGAAGACGGAGAAUUCAAAGACUUUUUAAAGAAGCUGGCGUCGGACCCUCGAUGUAAAGGGAUGCCCCUCUCUAGCUUCCUGCUGAAGCCCAUGCAGAGGAUCACCCGCUACCCCCUGCUCAUCAGAAGUAUUCUGGAGAACACCCUGGAGAGUCACGUGGACCAUUCCUCCCUGAAGCUGGCCCUUGAGCGGGCAGAGGAGCUUUGCUCUCAAGUGAACGAAGGAGUUCGGGAGAAGGAGAAUUCAGACCGACUGGAGUGGAUGCAGGCACACGUGCAGUGUGAGGGCCUCGCAGAGCAGCUUAUUUUCAACUCCCUCACCAACUGCCUGGGGCCCCGAAAGCUUCUGCACAGCGGGAAAUUGUACAAGACCAAGAGCAACAAGGAGCUGCACGGAUUUCUCUUCAAUGACUUCCUGCUUCUCACCUACAUGGUUAAGCAGUUUGCUGUUUCCUCUGGCUCGGAGAAACUUUUCAGCUCCAAGUCCAACGCUCAGUUCAAAAUGUAUAAAACGCCCAUCUUCCUGAACGAGGUCCUGGUGAAGCUGCCCACAGACCCUUCCAGCGACGAGCCCGUCUUCCACAUUUCCCACAUCGACCGGGUCUACACCCUGCGGACGGACAACAUAAACGAGAGGACGGCCUGGGUCCAGAAGAUCAAGGCGGCCUCGGAGCAGUACAUCGACACGGAGAAGAGGAAACGCGAGAAGGCCUACCAAGCCCGCUCUCAGAAGACUUCGGGCAUUGGGCGUCUGAUGGUGCAUGUCAUUGAGGCGACAGAGUUAAAAGCCUGCAAACCAAAUGGAAAGAGCAAUCCAUACUGUGAAGUCAGCAUGGGCUCCCAGAGCUACACUACCAGAACCCUCCAGGACACUCUAAACCCCAAAUGGAACUUUAACUGCCAGUUCUUUGUCAAGGAUCUGUACCAAGAUGUGCUGUGUCUCACUAUGUUUGACAGAGACCAGUUUUCUCCAGACGAUUUCCUGGGUCGUACUGAAGUUCCACUGGCAAAAAUUCGAACAGAACAAGAAAGCAAAGGCCCUACCACCCGCCGACUCCUGUUGCAUGAGGUCUCCACCGGGGAGGUCUGGGUCCGAUUUGACCUGCAGCUUUUUGAACAAAAAACUCUCCCAUAGGGGACUCAAGGACAGCACCAGAGGAUCUGCUCCAGGGCUGGGGCUGGAGAGUAGUAGACUGCUCUCCUGGGUCUGAGAGCAUCACGCGGCUUCAUCCAUCACAAAGCCACGCAUGCUGGGCCUAUAUUUUAUUGCACACUAAACUGCUAGCAAUCUAUGCAAACGUGAUCUUUCCUAUAAACCCCAGUGCAGUGCCUUGUACUAGUGUUAACAGUCCCGCUGUGUUCUGAUGCCAGGUUUCCAUUUUCAGGGCUAUAAAAGUAUUAUGUGGAAAUGAGGCAUCAGACCACCAGACCUUACCGCUUGGCAAAUGUGCCCACUGUGGAGUGGUUUGGUGACGCUGGAACCAUUCCUCACUGUGACCUCUGCGGGUCACAGCACUCAGGAGACAAAGGGCUGGGAUGAAAUGCUGCAGCCUGGUGCUCUCGCAGCCUGAUGGUGGAAUAGUGUCUACUUGUGCACUGAAAACAACCAGAAACUUGAUCAUUUUAUUCUUGACUAGAUUCUCUGCUAAGACAAUAUAGUUUUAAAUAUAAGGGGGAAAGCUUGAUAUACUUUAAAUACUGUGAACUCUAAUAAUGUGGAAAAUAUUUUUCAACUUUAAUUUUCUGAACUAUAAAUUAUUUAUGUAAAUUCC